AUGCUCGGCCAGGUUCUCGGCUAGGCCAAGCAGCACCCCAGCUGAGUUCCCCUCUUCAUAUUUAUUGGAGCAGGAGACACUGCAGCUGCACUGUAUAUCAUGCAUCAGGCAUUGUUCAAUCCAGGUGUCAGCAGGGACAGAAAGAAUAACUCAGAUGCCUGGAACGAACUGGGUCCCAGUGAUCAAUACAAGUUCUACUCAAUGAAUGUGGAUUGCAGCAAACUGAAUAAAGAAGGCCCAGAGUUCUAA